AACAACAACAAGGCUACUGAUUAUAUGGAUUUCGGUUGCUCCCUAGCCGAAAUAAAAUUGAAAUAUUGAAACUUUUUACAUGGUUUCGGUGUAUAUUAACCACUGUAUUUUAAACACACUUUUGUCGUCUACCUAGUUAUCCCGUUUAAAUGAACAUUUACUCUGUUGUUAUUAGUCAGGGAGCCCCGGCUUGAUAAAUUGGCCUAGCACUAUGCUAGUCGCUAAUGAUAACUAGCUAUCUUCUUUGACCAUGAGCUCACUAAACUACUCUCCUCCUGCUAAAGAAGAGGCGGUCUGCUGGACGGAGAAAGAGGGUCUGUGGCUGAACAUUGUCGUGAAAGAGGAGAAGAAUGAGGAGGAUGUCACCGUUAAACACGAAGUAGAGGAAGAGGAGGAUGUUACAAUACAAAAACAAGUAGAGGGUGAGUCUGUUACAGUGAAACGAGAAGAGAAAGACGUUUCAGUGAAAGAAGAGGAAGACGCGUUCAGAGUGAAAGAGGAAGAGGAGGAUGUGACUGUGAAAGAAGAGGAGGAAGAGAAAGAGGAGGAUGCAGUUUUUGGAGUGAAGGAGGAGAAAGAGGAGAUGACUGUCAUAUCGAACAAGGAGGAGACAGGAGACCUGAUUAACACCAGAGAGAGACGUGACUAUCUUGGAUCCUCCGAGGAGCCUCAACAACAACAUGAUGCUGACGAGGUUGAGAAGAGUCUCUCCACAUCAGAACACCUCAAGAAACAUCAGCCGAGAUUCAUCUAUUCAACAGAACUUAAAAGACAUCAGAGAAUCAAUACAGGAGAAAAACCUCACAGCUGUGAUCAAUGUGGGAAGAGUUUUGCUAAGGCAGGAGGCCUGGCUACACACCACAGAAUACACACUGGAGAAAACCGUACCACUGCCCUGACUGUGGAAUGA